AGGCUGGAGCAGGCCAGCUCAGAUGCAGAGAGGCUAGAGAUUGAAAUGAGCCUGUGUGAGUGGGAGAGGACCAUACAGCACUCACUCAACAGGGGAUACAGCUAUUUCCGGAAGAUUUAGCAGAUUUUGUCCCGCUCUUCCAUUGCACCUCUCCCCCUCCCCCUUUCCCCUUCCCCUCAUCCUCUGUCAGCCCCUCUCAGCCUCUGCUUCAGGCUGCUCCUCCGGGCAUGCUACUUAAGCCAAAGUAUGGCCGCUUUCGCAACGACUCUGUGACCUCCUCCGACGACCUGAUGCAGAGCUUAGCUAUGAGCGGCAAAGUGGUGGCCACCCCGGUGGUCCUCUCCUCCGUCCCCAGCCUGCCGCUGCCCCCCCUGCCUCCUCUGGAGUCCAUCCCCCGGUCCUCCUCCGCAGCCCCUGCUCUGGCCGACUCCCCCUGCCUGGAGGGGGAGCAGGACGCCACCACCACUUUUUGCAUGCUCAUCCCCAGGAUGCCUCAGUGGAAGUUCUCUAACUCGCUGCUCAGCAGGAGCCCCUCCAACUCCAGCUCCAGCAAGGACUCGGGCAAGGCUGCAGCCCCCUCAUCGCAGGGCUUGCACAGCCCCAGUGGAACUUCUGCCCCCAACGGUCCCAUGGCCAGUCUGGCUUCUGUUUUGAACUCCUGUGACCCUGUGUGUGUCAACCCCUGUUCCCUACAGGCCAUCAGCAGGCACAGAUCUGCAGCGGGCUCAGCCAGUCCAGGCGGCCACAGCGCAGGCGCUGCAGAGUGCACAGGGAGCCCCGGGGGCCACAGCGGAUCCAGGACGGGGAUGAACCGGAGGACAAGGGUGGAGGGCAUGUGGCUGGGAGGGGAGGACUUCAACCAGAAGGGCAGCUUCAUCCACAAGCCCUCCCAGGGCUGGCUGCACCCAGACAAGAAGAUCACAGGCCCCGGGGCUUCCUACAUAGUCAGGUACAUGGGCUGCAUUGAGGUGUUAAAGUCGAUGCGAUCGCUGGACUUCAACACUCGGACCCAGGUGACGAGGGAGGCAAUCAACAGACUGUGUGAAGCUGUGCCUGGGGGUAAAGGGGCCUGGAGGAGGAAGAACAUUAACAAGGCCCUGCAGUCCGUCAUGGGGAAGAGUAACCUUCGCUUCGCUGGUAUGAGCAUCGCUGUCAACAUCUCUAUAGAGGGUCUCAGCUUGCUCAUCCCCACCACACGACAGGUGAUAGCACACCAUCCCAUGCAGUCCAUCUCCUUUGCCUCUGGGGGAGACACGGACACGCCCGAUUAUGUUGCUUAUGUGGCCAAAGAUCCAGUCAAUCAGAGAGCAUGCCAUAUCCUGGAGUGUUGUGACGGUUUAGCUCAGAAUGUCAUCAGCACCAUCGGGCAGGCCUUUGAACUGCAGUUUAAACAGUACCUCCACAGCCCUCCCAAAGCCAUCCCCACCGUGGAAAGGAACAUCAGGACAGAAGACUCAGCGUGGGGAGAUGACGAGGACUCGUUGGAGCACGACUACUACAACAGCAUCCCUGGGAAGGUGCCUCCUUUUGGGGGAGUGGUGGACUCAAGGCUGAAACCUUGUACGGCCUUGCUGGGCCACAUCCACAGCCAACCAGAGAGCAAGGCAGUGAAGAUGGGUUCUCCGUCCAGGAGAGAGACAGCUUCCUGCCCUUCAGGUCAGCUGUGCUACGAGCUUCACUGGGAUACUGAAAACGGCAGCUCAGGUCUGACAUCAGAUGGUUACCAGCGGGCAGACGGCCAGACUCCGGGGAGCAGGGACUAUGAGGAGCACCUAUAUGUGAACACCCAGAGUCUGGAGGGAUUGGAGCAGGGAGCAGAGGGCCACAGGGGGGCCAGACAGCCAGACAGCCCCAUGAAAGACAUCUUUGACAUGAGACCCUUUGAGGAUGCUCUAAAGAUGCACGAGGCUGGUGGUGUCAGUGGUAACGGUGGGGUGUGUGUUUUGAAGAACCAGUGGCCCAGCCCGCCCCGACGUCGUGCCCCUGUCGCCCCUACAGAGGAGCAGCUCCGGCGGGAGGCCUGGUACCACGGUCGUAUGAGUCGCCGUGAUGCUGAGAAACUGCUGGUCCGAGACGGGGACUUCCUGGUACGAGACAGUGCCACCAACCCAGGCCAGUAUGUCCUGACAGGCAUGCACUGUGGUCUGCCCAAACACCUGCUACUGGUGGACCCAGAGGGAGUGCCUACUCCUCCUCGUCACUGUCAGGUACGCACCAAAGACAUGCUGUUUGAGAGCAUUAGUCACCUGAUCAGCUACCACCUGAAGAACGAGCUGCCCAUCGUGGCAGCCGAGAGCGAGCUGCACCUCAAACAGGUGGUCCGGAGGAAACAGUGACCCAGCCAGCCACAGAGGGGAUGACUUUCUGGAAUGGAGUCAGAGGUGUGUCCAUGUAAGCCCAAGGGAGGAAGAUCUUCACUGCCAUAUCCAUAUCCCCAGAAUCAGAGCUUUCACUGGGGUAGGAGGACACAGGCGACUCCCUUUUCCCAGGACACAGGAGCAUUGCUACAGUACUUGGCUUCCUCCCACAGUGCCAACAACUGUCCACCAUGUCCGCCUGAACUCUCAGCAUGCAGUCAUUAAGCUAACAAACACCUGGAUGCCUCAGAAAGGGAGGUAACAGACCAGACAAUCACAAGGAUGGAAUUCUAGGUCAGAGGUCACAGAUGGUCCGAGGUCAGAUGACAUCAUCACAGUGACAAACAGUAGUUGUUCCAUAGGAAAUGAUUAUUUUCGAGUGCAUGAUGAUGUUGCAGCUCAUACUGAAUUUCAAACUGCUGUAGUCAUGCACAGUCCCAGAAUGAUUUGGGUUCCCUGUGUCUUUCACUGAACAAAUGUGAACAUUCAUUGACAAAAACAUUGUAAAUGAUAUGUAAGAAAAUCCUGGCAGAAAAAUAUCACUCAAUUGUUUCAUCAUGAAGUAGCAACUGCACCUUCAUGAGAUGUAUUCAUAUGUAGUCUCAGGACCAAAUUCUGCAGGCUUUAAAUAUCUGAUGGCAUAUGCUUUAGAGAUACAGUACUAACCAGACACAAACCUAAAAAAUGUGUCUGUCCCUCUGUCUCCUCAAUAUCCACAAGACUACAUAACACAAAAUACAUGGGCAGAACUCUGAAUAUCAAUGUGAUUGUUCAAUUAUAACCACAUACUUGUCAAAGUGUUUGUAUCGGACAGUUGGCUCGUCAUUGAAUACCUACCCGAGUCGUGUAUUAUCAAGCCUACUGUAUGAAGAGAGCACUGGUCAGAGCCUGUACUCUCAGAAGGCAGACUACAGUACCACAAAUGACUCAGUGUAUAUAUAAUGAACAUCUCCUCAGUUCAGUGCCUUAAUUGUCCAUGUGUUUCAUAUCUUUCCUCUCAAAUCGCUUGUACAGUGUCAUACAUUCUACAUCUACCACCGAAGAAAUACAGUAGUGUGGAAUGUAUGUAUGCCCUGAGAGCAAAUUACACAUUUUCUUGCCAUGCCAAACCAUACUUUAAUCAAUGAAUAGAGUGGACUGAAAGAAAUCACCCAUUUUUAUUGUGAAACUUUCUAUAAGCUGCUGAUUAAUGGGGGGAUACUGUAUACUGUAGCACCUCCCACAGUGUGUUCUGAUUGGUUGUCCUAUUAUGUGCUUCCUGUUCUAUUGUACGAGU